AUGGCAGUUACCGAGAACCCUUUCGAAAAUACUCCUGUAUUCAUCCGAUAUCCACCUAGUGGUAUCAUUAUUCUUAUUGCGGGUGCUGGCAUUGCUGGUCUCAGUUUUGCCAUCGAAGCAUACCGAAAGGGCCACGAAGUUUGCGUCAUUGAUCGCCGUCCUAACUUCAACGACUACGGAGAUUUUAUCGCCAUUCAAUCUUCCGCACUGAGAACUCCUGAGAAAUGGCCAGGGUUCAUCGAAGGUUGUCGACAAGAGCGUAUACCUCAAAUUUUAGAUAUGCUUACUCACGAUGACCAAUUUGUCGGUGGCCUUAACUUCGGUCUGAGCACAGUUCGCUCUAUCUUUCACCGUUGCCUUCGGCAGUACGCAGAGCAUCUAGGUAUUGACAUUCGUCUCGGCGCCCGAGUCGUAGAUUAUUUCGAGGAUGCCGAUAAGGGUGGAGUUGUACUUGACACUGGAGCCAAGAUCACUGCCGAUCUUGUGGUUGCUGCUGACGGCAUUGGCUCUCGAUCCGGUGUUGUUAUCAAGGGAGAACGUGAUCAGCCAACGAGCUCGGGUUAUGCAAUGUUGCGCGCAACCUACCCGACGGAAAGAAUCUGUCAAAACCCUCUCCUUAGAGAGUACGUUGAGAAUCGUUCCGUAGCUAGAGGUCUCGUAGGGCCAGGCGCACACGUUAUCACAGGGUUCAGUGGCGACAAUGUGUCGUGGAUGCUUACGCACAAGGACAAAGACCCCAAUGGCAAGGAUCGUGCACCUGCGGUGGAUCCUAAAGAGGCAUUGCAAUACAUCGAAGGCUGGGCUCCUUGGCUCACCGAGCUGAUUAAGGCUACUCCGGAAAUGGGGGCUGUCGAUUACAAGCUCUUAUGGCGCGAUCCUUAUCCGACAUGGGCCUCGCCGCAAGGCAGAGUCGUCCAAAUCGGCGAUGCCGCACAUGCCUUUCUCCCGACUUCGGCCAGCGGCGCUACUAUGGCUAUGGAAGAUGGCUUUUCUCUGGCUGCGUGUCUUCAGCUUGGUGGUAAGCAGAACUUGGCUCUUGCUGUCAAAGUGCAUAACAAGUUGAGAUUUCAACGGGUUACUUGUGCACAGAAAAUGGGCUUCAAGAACCGCCAGCAGUACCACGAGACCUCUUUUAAGCCAGCGGAGGACGGGACGCGUCCUACCUUUCCCAUGGUCGGUUCGUGGAGCUCUGAGCACGAUCCUGAGCUGUAUGCUUAUGAGAUGUAUGGUAAAUGUGCCAACCACAUCCUUAGCGGCAGUCUUUUCGACAACACAAACUAUCCUGCAGGUCAUACAUUCAAGAUCUGGACUGUCAAGGAGAUGCGCGAUGUUGCUGAGCGGGGAGAAAACAUUGUCGACGAUGGUGACUGGUCUUAA